AUGCUGCUGCCAUUAGAGCAUCUAAAGGCGGACUUGGCAAAUCUGACCCUACAAACGCCCGAGUCCGAGGCACGAGCAGCCCGUCGCAGGCGGCAGCAGGUAAGGGAGAAGGCGGCAGCAGGGGAGGCGCUGAACGCAUGCUGGUCACGCGCGACUGCGCCAGUUGAUCCUGAUGUUGCGCUCCUCGCGUCGGUGCUCCGCCGCUCUCUCACGAUGGCACAGAUGGAUGCGCGGCGCCUCCACCGCAAGAAUGCCAAGUGCUGUUGUUUAACCAACCUGACUGAUCCUCCAACAUUCAUCUUACUUACUCACGCGCAGCUUACUGAACAAGUGCAAGCGCUGCAGAGGGACAAGGAGAUACUCAAGACCAACCUGAACAAAGCAGAGGAGGAGGUUAAGUUGCUGUUUGAGGAGAACAGAGCCCUCGACGAAGCAAACAAGAGGCUGCUGUGCUUGCUGGAGAAGGAGCAGAAGCAUCGGUCCGAAAGAAAGCACUCCGCCAGUAAUUCCACCAAGGUAAAAAGCACCAACCAACCAACCAUAAAGCUCACACGAGUGUUUACUACUGAUUUAAUUUAA